AUGGCUAAUUCUAUGGCCUUGUUAACACAGCGUAAUUGUAUUCAAUUCGCUACCGCGCCGAUACCCACUUUCGAUGGCGAGAAUCCAGCUUUGUCGGUUUUCGCUCAGAGUGUAGAAAACGGGCUCGCGUUAAUACCAGAUACGUCGGAAACAGAGUAUCUGAGUAUCGUGUUGACUAAACUCACCGGUCCGGCGCGGAUUAGUAUCCAAGAUAAACAAUUCAACAAUGUAACUCAAUUGUUACAACAUUUGAAAAAACGAUACGCUCCUGGGAAGAACUUGGCGUAUUUCCAAGCUGAGGUUUCGCGCCUUAAAAUCCGUGAGGACGAAUCACUAAGGAAGUACAUCGACAGAGCCAGCAAACUUGCCCAUGGAUCUCGUAUCGCGAUCCGCGAGAGGUACACGACCAACGUGGAUCAGCUCAUCAAGGAGAUGGAAAUGGACAUCUUGGAGAAUUUCCUUGAGGGUUUACCGGAGCGUGUGGCCUGGAGAAUCGCCGCUCUGGACAAAAAGAUUAAAACUUUAGAAGAGGCGUACGAAGCUGUGUUACAAAUUGAACGUCGCCUCAAGAACCGACGACAGAUUCAGGAGAAGGCAUCACCUAGUCGUCGUAGAGAAGAGGAUUUUCUCAGCUGGAGACGUCCUCGAGAGAAGGAACACAGGCGUGUGUACCCUCAGUCACCGUCACCCUAUCGGCAAAGACCAAGGGAUCGCAGCACAUCUGGUUCCGAACCGGAGUUCGAAGAACGAGCUUCACGUGCAACGGCGUUGACUUUACGUAAGCAUGAUUAUUCACGCUCUCCAAACCACUCACCGGAGGCGCCAAAAUAUGAUGAGCCGUUCAACACCAGACACGAUGUUUACGACUUUUAUUGCGCAAACUGCAGUACGGUCGGACACGGUUGGAAGGAUUGUGAAAAAUCACCUCGCCGCGAAAGACCCCGAUUCCAGUAUCGAAGGGAGUCACGAGGGAAUUUCUCACCUUUGAGGAAACCUUUAAACUCCAACAACGCUCACCCAAACGGCGAGGCGGAAGGGGCUGAAAUUUCCUAUUACCAUAAAACCUUGGUAACUCGUAACCAACCUAUUAAACCUAUAUUCUUCAGUAACGCUGAGGAGAUGGAACUGCAUCCAGUAUUGCCAAUUAAACAUAGAUUACCAGGACGCACAGCUCUCCAAAUUGCAGUUCCAGUCGCAAAUCCGGAGGUUAUGGAAGGGUACCUAGCACGAAUCAAGACUCCUGAACAGGUCUACAUUGGAGAAGCAGCAGUCUGCAAUCAUGAUGGAAUUUGCUAUGUCCUAGCCACAAACACCGGAGAAGACGAAAUCGAAAUCGACAUUGAACCACAACGCAUACAUCCGUAUGAGAUUUUUGACUCAUCAGAUGACGAUCCUAUUCCUUCGUAUCUAGCAAAGGAAACAAAGGAAGACAGAACUACACGUAUCCAAGAUCUUUUAAGGACCGAUCAUCUAAACUCUGAAGAACGACAACAUGUGUUCAAAAUUGUCAGGGAAUUUUCUGAUAGAUUCUUCCUACCUGGAGAUAACCUGGGCAAGGUUCCAAAUUUUCAUCACUCCAUUUACACAACAGACGACAUUCCGAUUAAUACUAGACAGUAUCGGUACCCACCAGUACAUCAGGAGGAGAUACAACGACAGGUUGGAGCUCUGCUAUCGCAGGGUAUUAUUAGACCAUCCACCUCACCAUACAAUUCUCCUUUAUGGAUUGUACCGAAGAAACCGGACGCCGAUGGUAACAAACGUUGGCGAAUGAUUGAAAUGAACCCAAAGGACAGACAGAAGACCGCGUUUACAACCCCACAUGGACAUUUCGAGUUUGUGCGUAUGCCUUUUGGUUUGAAGAACGCACCACCGACAUUCCAACGCGUCAUGAACCGGGGAAUAUGGACUUACUCUACAGACUAA